GUUGGGAUAGAAAAUUAAAAAUGAUAACAAAAUAUUCACAAGUUUUAGUUUUAACUAUCGUGUUGAAGAGCAGAAAAAGAGCAUAAUUUUACUGGAAAGAUGGGAUUUUUUUCCUUUUUGGGUUGUAUUUUAGUAACAAAUUUGGAAGGAAGAAGUGAAAGAGUGAAAGCAGAGAGCAUAAAAAUGUUAUGAGCACAAUGAAACGAAACAACUUUCGAAAUUGAUGUCCCAACAAUACAAAAACUCAAAUAACCACAAAAGUUGUUACCUUUUCCCAUCUCUUCUCUCUCUCUCUCUCUCUCUCUCUCUCUCAUUUGUUCGUACCUACACUAAUACCGAGGUGCCCAUUUGCCCUUUUCUUCUUUAAUUUGUUAUUAUUUUGUUUUGGGGUUCAUGACUGUUUGUACUAUUUGUAUUGUAUAAAUAUAUAUAUUCUUUGCCUCCUCAAGUGGAGACUUUCACUUCUUCUCUUCAGACGGGCACUUUGAUUUCUGGGUUUUGACCGAAAUAUUCACGCCCACCCAGGAUUUGAUGGGUUCAUAGCAACAUAAGAAUAGUAAAUAUAAAAUGGGGAAUUACAGUGAAGAGGAAGAAGAACGAUUUUUUGAUAGUCGCGAAGAGACAUCUUCUAUGUCUGAUUCAGGGUCAAAUGUUUAUGAGGAUUGCAGUUCCAGUAUUGAUUUUGAUUAUAGUCUGUUGAGCGAGUCACAGUACGAGGUUUGGAUCAAGUCACCAGAAAGUGUUUAUGAUCGUCGCGAUAGGUUCCUGAAGUGGAUGAAUUCGGAUCAGAAUACAAUAUCCGAGGGGGAUUCGAUCAAUGAAUCCUUCACCAAAACCCAACUGGGUAUUGAUAGAUUGAUGGAUACUACUGGGGCAGUAUUGAGGACAUCAGGUCUUGGAGAUGGUCUUCUGUCGACUGAGACUCCGGUGUCUUCUCAAUCAUCUGAAACUCAGGAAUCAUUAGAAGAUGGUUCAGUGGAUGAUAACUUCGUGUGCACAAUUAGAAAUUUGGAUGAUGGGACAGAAUUUGUUGUUGACGAACUUGAUCAAGAUGGAAUGCUAAGUAGACUGCGUAAAGUGGGCUCCAAUCAAUCUCUUAGUUUUGAAGAGUUUCAGAGGACUAUAGGGGUAUCUUCUUUGGUUCAGCGAUUUUCAAGUAAAUAUGGUGGUGAGGCAAGAGAUUUGAUAGAAGAAAAAAAGAAAACAAAAGGGAGUUGGUUGAGAAGACUAGGGAAAUCAAAUCAUGCCGCACGAGUUGUUGAUAGACAUGGGGCAACAGCUUUCAAGAACAAUGACCGUGAGAUGCAAAGAGUUAAAGUUCAUCCAUCUAAAAAACGAUCUAAGGAAUUGUCUUCUCUUUAUAGUGGACAGGAAUUUCUAGCACAUGACGGAUCAAUAUUGACUAUGAAAUUCAGUCCUGAUGGUCAAUACUUGGCAAGUGGCGGUGAAGACAGUGUUGUGCGUGUGUGGAAGGUGAUUGAGGAUGAUAGAUUGGAUCAGUUUCACAUCCAAGCUAAUGAUACAUCAUGUGUAUAUUUUACAAUGAAUCAUCUUUCGGAAAUUGCUUCUCUAAAUGUAGAUAAAAUGAAAAGUGAAAAGACAAAGAAGCACAUAUCAUCAGACUCUACUUGUGUCAUCUUUCCACCCAAGGUUUUCAGGGUACUGGAAAAGCCUCUGCACGAGUUCCAUGGGCACAGCGGUGAAGUUUUGGAUCUCUCAUGGUCUAAGAAAAGGUUUCUGCUAUCAUCCUCCGUUGAUAAGACAGUUCGUCUCUGGCAAGUGGGAUGUGACAGAUGUCUGAGAGUCUUUUCUCAUAAUAAUUAUGUUACUUGUGUUGACUUCAAUCCUAUGGAUGAUAACUAUUUCAUCAGUGGUUCAAUAGAUGGAAAAGUUCGCAUCUGGGAAGUGAUCCGCUGUCUGGUUGUUGAUUAUACUGUUAUAAGAGAAAUAGUCACUGCUGUGUGUUAUCGUCCUGGUGGAAAGGGAGGAAUAGUGGGCACAAUGACUGGAAACUGCCUUUUUUAUGAUAUUAUAGAUAACAAGUUACAACUGGAUUCUCAGAUAUCUUUACAGGGCAAAAAGAAGUUAACAGGCAGGAGGAUUACUGGCUUCGAGUUCUCACCAAGUGACCCAAGCAAAGUAGUUGUGACUUCUGCUGAUUCACUAGUACGUGUGCUCUGUGGCAUGGAUGUCAUUUGCAAAUUUAGAGCAUCAAGCAUUGGUGUUGCAGCAAACCAAAUGUCUGCAUCUUUUACCUCUGAUGGGAAACAUGUUCUCUCAACAAGUGAAGAUUCUAAUAUCUACGUCUGGAACUACAAUAGCGAGGAAAAGAGUUCUUCUCGAGUGAAAAAAAUUCAAUCUUAUCAGAGUUUUGCAUCUCAGAAUGCAUCUAUUGCUAUCCCUUGGUGUGGCAUUGAAAACGUGCCAGGACCACUUGUGCCUCCCAAAGCUGAUGGAGAUUUAUCUGGAAACAGUGGCCUGCAUGGUCAUAGCCAUCAUAAAUUUUUCGGGGAAACAGAUCACAAAGUUCUUCCAUCUUCUCCAGAUUGUUUCUCUCUUACCCGCGGGUUGUUAUUGGAUUCUUUGACAAGGGGAUCUGCAACUUGGCCUGAAGAGAAACUUCCUGAUUCAAGCCCAGUUGCUCUCUCGCCUACCAAAUGUAAAGAGUACAGGUUUUUGAAGAGUGCCUGCAAUAGUAUCUUCAGUUCUCCACAUUUGUGGGGUCUUGUGAUUGUAACAGCGGGCUGGGAUGGACGAAUUAGAACCUACCUCAAUUAUGGGUUACCUCUUCGCAUUUGAAACCUCCAGGUUUGGCAGAAUGGUCUAGGGGCUUGUUGGUUUUUGGCAAUCCAGUAGCAAUUGCAAAGUUGGCAAUACACACAGUAUUCCUGGAAAAUUCAGGACAGUACAUAUAACACAGAGGAGAAAGGGGUCUUGGAGUUGUGGACCCUUUACAGUGUACAAUAGUUCAGCUGAGUCAAUAUAGCAUAUUUAUAACCUCAUUGUCACAAGUGGCUGGGGUAUACUAUUUUAUUGGAUUCUGUCACACAUGUUAAUUAUAUGAUUCUUUGAUUUGUUUAUAGAAGUGAAUGCAAGUUCUUUGGAAAGAGAA